AAAGCAGUCGUUUACUCGGGUGCUUUAGCUAUCAGCUAGCAAUAGCUGCUGCUACGUACCGACUCCCCACACAUGAUCUGGAGAUACCAACAAGAACAAAUACAUACUACAUACUAAAAAACGACUGAUAUCAACACAGGUGCAGGUGUCGGAGUGUCCUGUGAUAAAGACGGAUCCGCAAUGUUGAACCCGACCAAUGGCGACCCAAGCCACGUUGUCGUCAAUUAUGUUGAGGAGUAUUUGGACCUGGUGGAGUCCCUGCCUUUUGAUUUGCAGAGGAGUGUGUCUCUCAUGAAGGAAAUUGAUGCCAAGUAUCAAGAUGUUCUGAAGGAGCUUGACGAUGCUUAUGAGCGGUAUCGCAAGGAAUCCGACUCACUUCAGAGGCGCAAGCUUCAGUUAUCCAUUCAGAGGGCACUGAUCCGCAGUCAGGAGCUUGGAGAUGAGAAGAUUCAGAUUGCUGGUCAAAUGGUGGAGUUGGUCGAGAAUCGAACGCGUCAAAUCGAUUGGCACUCUGAACUCCUCCUUUCCUCACAAGAACUCCCAGAGAGCCAUGUUCCCAUAGCAACAUCUAUGGCAAACAAUACAGCAUCCAUGAUGUCGUCGUCGUCGUCAUCAUCAGCCGCCAUAACUCCAGGCAAAACUGGCCACCACGACAAGAAGCGCGAUGAGGUCACGCCAGGCUCAGGCGGCGGAGACAAAGCUGGAGGGAAACGCUCAAGACGACAGAAAAAUGGGGAAAGCAGGGAAAGUUACGGGGGCAUGGAUACAUCUGAGGAUGUCGGAGUAGGGGCUUCUCGGGAAAAGAGGGCCAAAACAUCUUCUAAGAAGAAGAAAAGGUCCAAAGGAAAGUCUGAGAGAGAAGUGUCACCUCCAGACCUGCCCAUUGAUCCAGAUGAGCCAACGUACUGUCUGUGCGAGCAGGUGUCCUAUGGCGAGAUGAUUGGCUGUGAUAACGACGAAUGUCCCAUCGAGUGGUUUCAUUUCUCCUGUGUCGGCCUUCAUCAUAAGCCCAAAGGCAAGUGGUUUUGCCCCAAGUGUCGGGGUGAGAAUGAGAAGACCAUGGACAAGGCCUUGGAGAGGGCUAAGAAGGAGAGGGCAUACAACAGGUAGCUCGCUCCGCCUGGCCAAAUGAACACUAAUGCUUCAAAUUUGUAUUUUGUGUCUUGUCCUUGUUUCCAUUUACUGUUAUGGCUGUUUAAAAAGAGUGAUGAGUUGGUCAGAGUGAUCUUGUAAAUAGUUAUUUUUGUAACUGCUAUAUAGCUGACAAGAUUUCUUCCUCCUGGUCAGAAUAAUUUGUAAAGAAUGUACAUGUUCGACCUGCAUGUGUGUAAGCAGCUGUCCUGCACUUACAUCCCCUUUUUGUUUGUCAUGCACGCAACAUCACUCACUCAGUUACAUGCCCAAUUAACAAAUAAAACAUGUCUAAACAAAUAAGAAUAUUAUGGAUUUAAUGACAUCUUACAAGCUUUUGGUUUUUGAAAUUACUUCCACAUUCACUCACUGAAUAACAGACAGUCUGUAGUGAGCAGUAGAUUAAAGUUGCGGACACUGACAGGUGUGGUAUCACUGCAGUUUUUGCAUCUAUAAAAUGCAUUGUGAAAUUGUUAAAGAGAAGUGGAGAUGCUUUUUUUCUGUUCAAUUGUAGGAAUGUUUGAGGGCAGUAAAAGGUGCUGAAAUUUCACUCAAUUUGAUAAAUGUGGUAAAUAUUAUGCACGGUAGAGUAAAUGGGGAGCUUUUCUCAAAGCAGCGUAGAUGAAUCCAGAGUAUUUAGUAAAGUUAUGAAUUCUAAAUUGGCCAUAAAUAAGUCUUGAGUCUUGAAAAGUGAAAACAAUGAGAGCUGCAUAUUGAACUUUUAAACUUUCAAAUUAUACAACCUCAUUAGUUGCAAUUCAGCCUUUUUUACAUUUUAUUUUGACACUUAAACUAACUGCAGAACUGGACAGCAUGCAAUUAACGGUCUUAUUUUCCCCUCCAAGACUAUUUUGACAUGAUCAAUUAGCUUUGGCCAACUGGUCAUGUAACACCAUGUUGCUAUAGCAAAGAUUGAUCUCCAAUGUUGUGUUUUCUUGUGGAUAGCUGCUCAUAUUUGUAUACAAAACCAGUUUACCUGAUGGUAGUGCCAUAAUUAUGUAUAUAACUUCUAUGAAAGCAAGAAAAGUAUGUUUAGGUCAAAUAUUACAUUUGCAGUUACAAUAAAGA